GACUUGACAAGCUUGAAGGCUGAAGCAGAAGCACAGACCGAGCCUAUGGAAAUAGACUGGAAGGAAAAGCUCACGAGGGAAAGACAACAACUUGAAGACGUAAAGGAGGAGAUACAGAAGGAAAAAGAAGCCUUUGAGAGAAAGAAGGGCUUGACCAUGAAAGAAAGAGAUGAGUUUGAUCUGAUGAAGUCUGAAACACAGGGACAAUUGGAGGAAAUAGAACAAAACAAACAAGACAUUCGUGUGGAGAAGGAAAAGCUGGAUCAGAUCAAAGCUGAGUUCGAAAGACGGUCUGAAGACGUAAAUCAGGUCAUGGACGAGACAAGACGGGAGAGGGGGAAGGUUGAAGAACUGGCUAUCCAAACUCAACAACAAAGAGAAGAAAUGGUGGGUUUUAUGGAAAAGAACAAACAAAAGCAGAACGAACUGGAACUCAUGAAUGACAAGAUUGAAAGAGAGAAACAAGACAUUGAAGAAAGGCGGGAUGUGCUAACAAAGGAGAGAGAGGAGCUGGAACAAAUGAGGAGUGAGAUACAGCAACAGAGAGAGGAGACAGAAUCUCACAUGGAAGACCAAAGGAAAGAGAAAGAACAUUUGGAACAAAUGACGACGGACAUGAAAAAACAGUUGCUAGAGGUGGACAAUGACAAGGAAAUGAUAGAAAGCUCAAUGGGUGAACUGAGAGUGAAAGAGGCAGAAAUGGUGAGAGAAAAAGACAACAUGGAUAACAAGAUGGCUAGGCUCAAAGAGGAAGAGGAUAGAAUGCGGGAAGAAAUAGGAAAGAAGAUGGACAUCUUAAAGCAGGAAAGUUGUGAAGUCAAAAGACUUAGAGAUGAAAUUGACAGUGAAAAGGACCAGCUGAAUGCAAAAUUGCUUGAGUUGGAAAAAAUGCGUGAAGAACUAGAUAGAGAGAAGAAGGAAGUGAAAGACAGGAAGGAUGAAACACUGAAAGAGAAAGAUCAGUUGGAAGAGAGGCGAUGUAAGAUAAGUAAGGAGAAAGAGGAAUUGGAUAUCAGUCUUGAACUGAUGAAAAGACAAAGGGAAGACUUGACAAGCUUGAAGGCUGAAGCAGAAGCACAGACCGAGCCUAUGGAAAUAGACUGGAAGGAAAAGCUCACGAGGGAAAGACAACAACUUGAAGAUGUAAAGGAGGAGAUACAGAAGGAAAAAGAAGCCUUUGAGAGAAAGAAGGGAUUGACCAUGAAAGAAAGAGAUGAGUUUGAUCUGAUGAAGUCUGAAACACAGGGACAAUUGGAGGAAAUAGAACAAAACAAACAAGACAUUCGUGUGGAGAAGGAAAAGCUGGAUCAGAUCAAAGCUGAGUUCGAAAGACGGUCUGAAGACGUAAAUCAGGUCAUGGACGAGACAAGACGGGAGAGGGGGAAGGUUGAAGAACUGGCUAUCCAAACUCAACAACAAAGAGAAGAAAUGGUGGGUUUUAUGGAAAAGAACAAACAAAAGCAGAACGAACUGGAACUCAUGAAUGACAAGAUUGAAAGAGAGAAACAAGACAUUGAAGAAAGGCGGGAUGUGCUAACAAAGGAGAGAGAGGAGCUGGAACAAAUGAGGAGUGAGAUACAGCAACAGAGAGAGGAGACAGAAUCUCACAUGGAAGACCAAAGGAAAGAGAAAGAACAUUUGGAACAAAUGACGACGGACAUGAAAAAAACAGUUGCUAGAGGUGGACAAUGACAAGGAAAUGAUAGAAAGCUCAAUGGGUGAACUGAGAGUUAAAGAGGCAGAAAUGGUGAGAGAAAAAGACAACAUGGAUGACAAGAUGGCUAGGCUCAAAGAGGAAGAGGAUAGAAUGCGGGAAGAAAUAGGAAAGAAGAUGGACAUCUUAAAGCAGGAAAGUUGUGAAAUCAAAAGACUUAGAGAUGAAA